AGAAGACGAGCCAUCCAAAAUGAUCGGAGAUCUUUUAAUUUUGGGCACUCUGCUCAUGAACGCCGGCGCUGUGCUCAACUUUAAACUAAAGAAGAGAGUAACGCAGUCUCAAGGGUUUGGCGAUGAAUCUGGAUCGUCCAGCACUGGAGACAACAUCAGAGAGUUCCUGCUGAGUCUGCGGUACUUUCGCAUAUUCAUUGCUCUCUGGAACGUUUUCAUCAUGUUUUGCAUGAUCUUGUUAUUUGGAUCAUAGAUCACGGUUACAUUGAGGAUCACUACAGACAAGGAGAAUUAUUGCAGCACUGGUGGAUUUAUUGUAAUCUUAUUUUUAGUGUGGGAUGUCUUG